AAGGCUCAUAAAAUAAAACCGUCUCCAGUUUUCUGGCCACAAAGAAUCUCUCCCUCUAAUUUCAGCAUCACUCAGAUUUCUCUUCCUUCAAUUCUAAAAAACAAUAAUAACAUUAAUCAAAUCGCCCAUUUUUCUCACAAAUAUCUCCAAUGGCGGCAACUACAUCAUCUUUGCUUCAAACCGACCCUUUAAAGCUAAAACAAUGUCUUCCUCUUCGUUUACACCUCCCUACCCCCCCUCGCUUCACUAAAUUCACCGGGAACUUCACUUUUCAAAGCCAAGAAUUUGCUAAGUUUAACCUCAGAUGUUUCUUCUCCAAGAGAAACCAUCUAACGAGCUCGAAUUUCAAUGCCAACCAUUUUAAUUUCACCCCAGAUGAUAAAACUAAAACCACAUUUGAGAUCAUUGCUGAAACGGUUUUGAAAGCUUUAAAGGCCUUGAAAAGGCCCGUUAUAGCCGCGGUUUUAUUGGGUUUGUUGUUAAUCUAUGAUCCUAAUAGCACAGCAUUAGCUGCUUCAGGUGGGAGGAUGGGAGGGAAGUCUUUUUCUUCGAGGAGUUAUUCAGUGCCUAGUAAUGGAGGGUCGAGCUUUUCUUCGUAUUCCGUUCCUUAUUAUGCGCCGGCUCCGUUUGGUGGCGGCGGUGGGUUUUAUGCUGGGACUGCUGUUGGGGUCGGAGUUGGUGCUGGGUCGGGUUUUAUGUUGAUUAUGAUUGGGUUUUUUGCGUUUGUUUUGGUUUCCGGGUUUCUUUCGGAUAGGUCCGAAAGUGGCGUGCUUACUGAUAUGGAAAGGACCAGUGUUCUUAAGCUUCAAGUUGGGUUGUUGGGUACGGGACGAUCUCUUCAAAGGGAUCUGAAUCGGAUUGCUGAAGUUGCCGAUACUUCUACAGCUGAGGGGCUAGGCUUUGUAUUAACAGAGACCUCGUUAGCUUUGCUUCGCCAUCCUGAUUAUUGCAUCUCGGGUUAUUCAUAUGUGGCUGUGAAACGGAGCAUGGACGAGGGUGAGAAACGCUUCAAUCAACUCUCGAUCGAAGAACGUGGUAAAUUUGAUGAGGAGACUCUAGUGAAUGUGAGCAAUAUUAGAAGGCUAAGUACAACAUUUCAGAAAGCUAGUGGAUUUAACAACGAGUACAUAGUGAUAACAAUUUUGGUGGCUGCCGAAGGAGUGCAUAAAUUGCCCCUCAUCAAUGGAAGUGGUGACUUAGCAGUGGCCUUGCAAAAGCUUGCAUCCAUUCCAACAAGCAAAAUACUGGCGGUCGAGGUCUUAUGGACGCCACAGAACGAGAAUGACACGUUAUCGGAGCGGGAAUUACUUGAAGACUACCCUCUCUUGAGGCCUCUUUAAAAUUUUACAACUACAUAGGUACUAAUUAGUUGUUUGUAAAUAAUAAUAGGGUAUUGGAAAUUUAGCAUAGGAAGGUUCUCUAAUAAAUUGAUCUUGUUACCAUAUAAAGAGAUUUAUAGAGAGGGUAUAUAUCAAAACAGGAGGAUAUGGGUUCGAAUGCGUUGAAACUCAUUAUAUUUUUAAAGGUUGGCGAGGGAACUAUGAGUAGUUUUAAACAUUAUAUCAAAAAAUAGUAUAUAUGAUAAUAACAUAUAAUGAGAUUAAAGUUCAAAAUUGAAGGUUAAA